UCUGUCUUUGUUAUAUUUCCAAAGAGCGAUAAAGAUGGAACAAUGCAGUAGCAUUGGUAGCGCACUUCUCGAACGCACUCAAUGCAUAUUUUCGCAAUAUAUAUUGGAACGUGUCUACGUGUGUGUACAUAUCGAUAAAUGUCGAUAAUGGAACUGUAAGUGUCGGUAUUAUCGACAUUAUUAAUUUCGUUCAGAUGAAGGGCACUAAUUCCGUUGGAGUUCGUUCGCGGUCACACUGCUCCCCAGGAUCUCCUCCUUAUCAUAAAUCAGCUUGAUCGAUUUAAAAAAAACUCACACACACACACAAUUUAUCAUAACCCGCCGCAACCUUUUCAUAAUGAUUUUUCGUAUAAACACACACUAAAUGUGCAUUGCACCGAUAAUUUGAGAUAAUUUGAUAAUUGCAGUAUAUAGAGAUUUCUGUUUCUGGAUAUGCGUCAUAUAACGUUGAUUAUUCACUGAAAACAUGUACUAUCGUAAGCAAUUAUUUAUGGUCGACGCGGUUACGUCAGAAGCGAAAGAACAAAGAAUAUCAACUUUACUUAAAUCAAAGAUAACAUGUUGCUCAAUUAUUUAUCAAAAGAUCCUGUUUAUAAUGAUAAAAUAAAGUAAUUAUUUGGUAUAAUGAGCAAAUUUAUUAGCUCCUGUCCAUUGAAAAGUUUUUGUUGCGCAUAAUAGUGUUCAAAGUGGUGCUUUUUCAGUAAGUCAAUAAAGUUAUAGAAAACAAUGGAUCAAGCUUUAACAGGAUGGAAGCGUUAUGUACUGGUGCAACCACCCGUAAUGUUGCUGCUGGUCGCUCAAUCGAUAUCAGGUACCAUUCUGACAGAUUUAAUAGUGUAUCGUACAUGCACUAUAACAUUAAAGAUAAAUGAAACAGAAUGCCAGAUACUUCAUAAUAAUAGCAGUAGUCCAGAAGCCCUUAAAAUAAACUUGCAAGUACAACCACAAGCCAGUUUAAUAUUGACAAGUAUAUCUGUAACUUAUCUUCUACUUACUGUAAUGACUAAUUGGUAUAUUGCACCUUGGUAUUUGCUAUUAGCUUAUAUUCCUACUGCUCUUAUGGGCGGCCUAUGUAUAUUGAUAUUAGCUACACUCUGUUAUAUUACGGAUAUAACAAAUGAUAGUGAGAGAUCAUGGCAUUUGGCCUGGUUAGAUGCAUUAAUAUCUCUUGGACUAUUAAUUGGUUUGUUUUCUGGCCCAGUAAUAUUUGAAACAUACGGGUACACUGGUGUAUUCAGUAUUGCAACUAUAUUGUGCGUUGUGGCAACAUUAUACAUAAUACUGUGUGUUGCAGAAACUGUACAAAGUCAUAAUAUUAGAGCUAUCUGCAAAAUAUUUGAUUUUGUGCUUGUAAAAGAUCUUAUCCGUACGUGUAUCAAGAAAAGAGAUGGAUUUAAUAGGUCGUUAGUUUGGAGCUGCAUAGCUUGUCUUAUCUUACUUUUGAUUACUUUACAAGGAGAAGUUACUAUCGGAUAUUUAUUUGCCAGUGCUCGGCUUGGUUGGAACAUAGAAAAGUAUUCCACUUACAUAGGUGCUAGCGUUAUAUUAGGAAUAUUUGGCACAGUAUCGAGUAUUAAAUUAAUACGGCGUUAUGCAGGGCUUCCAGAUCCAAUAAUUGCCAUAAUAUCUGUUAUGUCAUCUCUUGGUGGUGUUUUAACAUAUGCUUUUACAUGGCAAUCUUGGCACAUGUAUUUAUCAAUGAGUGUAAGUAUGUUUGGUAACUUAUCUCGACCGAUGAUACGUGCUGUACUAUCUAAAACUGUACCUGUGCAGGAUACAGGAAAAGUUUUUUCUCUGACUCAAUCUUUAGAAACUCUGUUACCAUUUGCAGCAGCUUCCCUAUAUACUUUUUUGUACUCUCAUUACAUGCCACCUAUAUAUCCUGUACCAGUAUGGUUCUUAUCAGCAGCAUUUUUUAUUUUAACUAUUAUACUAUUGAUAUAUAUUCAGAUACAAAUGAUAAAACAUAAUGGUGCAUAUUAUGUCUCAUUAACAGACAACAGUAAUUAAAGUCACUGAUAUAUCUUAUUAAAGUAAAAAAUAAUAAGAUAAUCAGAAGAACAAGAAUAAGAUCUGUGACGAUUAUAUGUUAUACAUAUAUAUAUGUUAUUUAUAUAUACAUUUUUUUAUACAUUUGAUAGAUUGUAUCUUGUAUGUAACUUUUAUACUAUAUAUUUAUAUACAUCACACAGCAGCUCUUGCAAUGCUAAAAUUA